AGGUGCUAUAGGCGGAAGUUGUGAUUUCUAGAAACAUUUCCAACGAUCCUGAAGACUUUAUCACAUAAUUCUGGACUUAAGACAAGCAUCAUUGGAGUAAAAGAACAACUUAAAGAUCAAAAGUUGAUGUCCAAUAACUUUCAAGAAAUACAAAGAUAUAUAUAACAUAUGAUGCAUCAUAACUUCUGAGAAAUUCAACAGUCCAUUUAUAUAACAUACAGUAUACCUAACUUUUGAUUGGACAAGAGCUGUCACCAAAGACUAUAAUUAUAAUAAACAUGCCAGAUGACCUAUACAUUGCAGUUGUAUGCUCCAGUAACCAGAACAGGAGUAUGGAAGCUCAUAAUUUUUUGAACAAAAAGGGUUACAGGGUGAGGUCAUUUGGAUCAGGCAGCCAUGUCAAACUCCCAGGUUCAGCAGCGGAUAAGCCAAACAUCUAUGAUUUCAAUACGACAUAUGAUGAAAUGUACCGGGAUUUAAUUUCUAAAAAUCCAGAACUUUAUACACAAAAUGGCAUACUUCACAUGCUUGAUCGGAAUCGUCGGAUUAAACCACAUCCUGAACGAUUCCAAGGAUGUAAAGAAAAAUUUGAUGUCAUUAUCACGUGUGAGGAGCGCGUUUAUGAUCAGGUUAUAGAAGAUUUUGAUAGUCGAGAAAAGGGGACUGAAAAGGCGGUUCAUGUACUCAAUAUAAACAUUACUGAUAAUCACGAAGAUGCUACGAUUGGUGCGUUUAUGAUAUGUGACCUUGUCGCUAUGUUACAAGAUACUGAAGAUUUGGAUGAUGAAAUUGAUGAACAGUUGCAGGAAUUUGAACAUAAAUGUGGCCGCGAAUUGCUUCACAUAGUGCAAUUCUAUUGAUGUUUUCAGCUUUAGGCAUGUUAAAUAUCAAAUAAAUUCUUUUCCACAUUCAAUGUGAAAGAAAGUGAAUCUACCAGGAAUUAAACAAAACUGAACUUUGCCUUGAGCAUGAUGCUUCACAAAAUAUUUUUUUAAUAAAUUUAUUAUAUAAAUAUUAAACAACAGCCAUGCAGUGCAACAUCUGUCUCGCUUUCAAAAUAAAUAUGUACACACACAAUAUGUAACUGUGGUAUAUCUGCUCAUUAUCGUUUCAACAUCUUGAAAAAUAGGGAGACCCUGAGCCUUGUAUUAUAGAUUGUAAAACGCCAUAACUUAAGGGUCACACAGGGGUGCCAUACAAUGCAAGUUAUAAACACAUGUAGCAAUCCAUAUGCCAAAAGUAUACAGUUAUUCUCAUUGAAUCAGUAUCAAACCAUUGUUGUUCCUAUUUGUUAAGAAGUACAUGUAGUUUUGGUUUGGUAUUUCCUGAUGCGUGUCUCAAUAAUAUUUGAAUUUUAAAGUACAGUAAAGCCUGCACAUGUGAACACCUUUGGUACUUGAAAAAAGUGUUCCACUGAGACAAUGUCAGAGAAGUUCAUUUUGUACCACUGUUUCAGGAAGUGUUCUACUCAAAAGUGGAAGUGUUCCACUUACAGAGAUUCUCUACAAAAGUGGAAGUGUUCCACUUACAGAGAUGGUCUACCAAAGUGGAAGUGUUCCACUUACAGAGAUGUUCUACAAAGGUGGAAGUGUUCCACUUACAUGGUGUUCUGAUUUACAGGUUUCACUGUACAUACAUACAAGUCCUACUUAUAGAUGUCUCUUGAUAAUUGAUUGUAUGUUUGGUGUA